AUGCGCAAACCACCUUUCUGCCUCUUUGUCUUCCUCACCUUCCUCACCUUCCUGUUCCUCUCUCUAGCAGCCUCGCCGACAUCCUUCUGCAAAUGCACCUGUUUCGGUAAUAGCACCAUUGUCGCCCUCGACGCACGCACUUCUACCAAGAAGCCUGCAAUCCCCGAACUUCACAAGCCCCGCGCAGCCAAAAAGUCAUGCAACGACUGUAAUCGCCAGUUUUGCUUGGGUUACAGCUUCUGUACGGGCGAGAAGGAGGAGAAUGUGCUGACUACAUGCUUCCAACGGGACUCGGCCAAGGAUCAGGCAGUGGUAUUCAUCUUUAUUGGGGCGACGCUGGGGCUAUUGGGGUGGGCUGGAUUGAGACCGUGGAUUGAGGGGUGGAGAGAGAAGGUACGAGAGCGGCGGAACUAUAUACCUGUCUCUGCGCAGAACGAUCGAUGA